AUGGCUAAAUUGAGGCUGAGGAAGCUAGUCGAUACUGAAGAGGCGAUGAAUAAGUUCAUCGUCGAUUACAGGAUUCCUCCCAACGAACCAUCUAUCCCCAAGAACAUCCCAUCGGUGGGCCCCUCCUCGUCUCAUCAAGUAGCAGAGGACGAAGGCGAGAUAGACCAGCCCGAGGAAGGUUUUGGGGUAUUUGACCUAGCCAACCAAUCCGAGGAUCCUUCCGGUGAUAUAGGUGACCUAGCCUUUUCUGAGGCGGAAUUGUCAUCAGGAACGCCACAACCCAAUGCUCCUUCCCCACCACCUCAGCCCCAGAUUGUCCAGACUAGGUCAUCUUCCACCAAAUUACAGCCACAAUCCCCCCGCCCCAAACUUCCGGCUUCCUCCCAACCAUCUCUGCCUCCUCGGUUGGAAGGCACUGAUUCAAAGAGAAAGAGGAACCCUAAGGGCAAGGAAACCAUGGACGGGGGAAAAUCCCAACCUUCUAAGGAGAAGGAGGAGGCUCCGUGUACAAAACAACUGAAGAUUGAGCACCAAAGUAAGGGUAAAGAGACUGAAGUCCAAUCCUCUCAAGGCAAGGGAAAGGGGAUCGAGGCCCAGUCCUUGCCAAGCCCCUGGCUUCCUGCCCCAAUGCUUCACAGGGGUCCACUGCUGGAAACUGCAUCCAUUAGGGACCUUGGAGAUGGCGAGGGUGGCCACGUGGCAGACGCGCUAGGGAGAACCAUGCUACUUCCCACUGACAUGGAUGGACUGAGGAAAAUGAGGAUGCAGGAGGCUCUUCAGGCCACCUAUAGGAUGGAGGAGGAGGUGAAUAAUAAGAGUAAGGCGGCCGAGAAUGAACGCACCAAGCGCUUAACGGCCGCGAAAACUCUCCAAGCCUCUGAGGAGGACCUCGCCAAGGCUGAGGACCAAACAAAACGUCUGCUAGAAGUCGAGGAUCAGUUGCAAAUAGCUAAAGAGCUGAUCAAGGAUUUAAAUAAAAAAUUGGCCGCGGCAGAGCAUGACAAAGGUGUGGCGGAGUAUGCCCGUGACGAAGCCAGGAGGGCCAAGCAGGAGGCCGAGUUUGCCAGAAAUGAGGCUGAGGCUGCCAAGGAAACGGCCCAGGAUGACGGCUAUAAUGCGGGGGUAGCUGAAACCCAAACCAUCCUUAAAGCCCAGAUUCCUGGAGUAUGUAGGCUUUACUGCUCCCAGGUUUGGGAAGAGGCAUUGAAGCGAGCUGGGGUGAAUGCUUCAUCCGAUUUAUGGAAAGCGGAGAACAUAUUCUACCCUACAGCCAUCCGUGAGGCCACCUCCUCCAGUUCCGUGGCUAUGAGCGACCAACCCGAGGAAGGGGUCACUCAGUCGGAAACUUUACAGGUCGGCGGCUCUCCUGGCAAGACGCUCAAAGAGGGAGAACUUCCGGAUGUGAUAGAAAUAUCUUAG